AUGUUUGGUUUGGGAAAAUUAUUCUAUGUGAUUGCACUUAUUAUUAAUGGAAUUGCAGUGCUAAGUGAAGAUAGAUUUUUGAACAGAAUCGGAUGGGGAUCAACAACUGGACAACAAAAUAAUGGCAAUAUUCAAGCCCAAUUUAACCAAUUUAACAGUGGCUUGGACAACAGUGAUGGAUCAGUAAAGACCAAACUAAUAAACUUGAUAAGUGCAGUUAGAACUUUGAUGAGAAUUCCGUUAAUAGUAGUUAAUAUCACCAUUAUUAUCUAUGAAUUGAUUUUGGGUUAG